GGCCGCCGUUUGAAUGACUGCGCUGCGCUCCGCGGCGGCGGCGGCGGCCGCGGGCACCGGGCGGCUGCGUGAGGGGCGAGCCCAGCCCAUGGCAGCCCCGCGGCGGUGAGCGCUGCCCCCGCGAUGGCGCUGGCCAUGGAGGAGGACGAGUACGCGCGGCUCGUGAUGGAGUCGGAGCCCGAGUGGCUGCGGGGCGAGAUCAAGCGGCUCUUCCAAGAGCUGGGCGAGACGACGCGCGAGAAGAUCCAGGCGGCCGAGUACGGGCUGGCCGUGCUGGAGGAGAAGCAGCAGCUGAAGCAGCAGUACGAGGAGCUGGAGCUGGAGUACGAGACCGUGCGCACCGAGAUGGAGCAGCUCAAGGAGGCUUUUGGGCAGGCCCAUACCAACCAUAAGAAGGUAGCAGCAGAUGGAGAGAGCAGAGAGGAGACCUUGAUUCAGGAGUCGGCUACCAAAGAAGAAUACUACAUGAAAAAAGUGAUGGAGCUGCAGACGGAGCUCAAGCAACUGCGGAAUGUCCUUGCCAACACCCAGUCUGAAAAUGAGCGCCUUAAUUCUGUUGCACAGGAGCUGAAAGAGGCAAAUCAGAAUGUGGAGAUCCAAAGGGGCCGCUUGCGAGAUGACAUCAAGGAAUAUAAAUUCCGAGAAGCUCGUUUGCUGCAAGACUACACGGAGCUGGAAGAGGAGAACAUCUGCCUUCAGAAGCAAGUGUCUGUCCUGAAGCAAAAUCAGGUGGAGUUUGAAGGCCUAAAACACGAAAUCAAACGGCUUGAAGAGGAAACAGAAUUUCUCAACAGCCAGCUGGAAGAUGCCAUACGAUUGAAAGAAAUAUCAGAACGCCAGCUUGAGGAAGCUCUGGAAACUCUGAAGACAGAGCGUGAGCAAAAGAAUAAUCUUCGUAAGGAGCUCUCUCAUUACAUGAACAUCAACGACUCCAUGUACACCAGCCAUCUCAACAUCUCUUUGGAUGGACUGAAGUUCAGCGAUGAAGCCACUGAGCCCAAUAACGAUGAGAUCAUGAAUGGCUUUGAACAGAACUGCCUCAGCAAAAUUACCAGUAGCAAGAAUAAUACAUCCACACCCAAAAAGAAUGACAGCUUCCCUCCAGCCCCAAGUCUGGUCUCAGAUCUUCUGAGUGAGCUAAAUAUUUCUGAAAUCCAGAAGUUGAAACAACAGCUUGUUCAGAUGGAAAGAGAAAAAGUGAAUUUGUUAUCUACACUCCAAGAAUCUCAGAAACAGCUGGAGAAUACACGUGGAGCCCUUUCUGAGCAGCACGAAAAAGUUGGCAGGCUCACUGAGAACCUCAAUGCAAUGAAGAAACUCCAGGUCAGCAAGGAACGUCAGUCUGCUCUAGACAACGAGAAGGAACGGGACAGCCAUGAAGAUGGAGAUUACUAUGAAGUUGACAUCAAUGGGCCAGAAAUACUAGAAUGCAAGUACAAAGUAGCUGUGGCAGAGAUUAGUGACCUGAAGGAAGAGCUUAAAAAUCUUAAAGCCAAAUAUGAAGAGUGUGAGUCUAAAUAUGAGGAAGAGAAGAACAGGUAUGAAACUGAAAGCCAAGCUCUUACUGAAAAGAUCACUUUGUUAGAAAAAUCUAGCCGGCAUGAUAGAGAACAGGUAGCCAGACUGGAGAAGGAACUGAAGAAAGUAAGUGAUGUGGCUGGAGAAACACAGGGCAGUCUCAGUGUAGCGCAAGAUGAGCUAGUCACUUUCAGUGAGGAAUUGGCCAAUUUAUACCACCAUGUUUGCAUGUGUAACAAUGAAACUCCAAACCGGGUGAUGCUGGAUUAUUACAAAGAGGGCAAAGGAGGCCGUAGUAGUCCAGAAGGGAAAGGUCGAAGGUCGCCCAUCCUGCUCUCAAAAGGGUUGUUAUCUAUAGAGUUAGGAAAGGCAGAGAAUGGAAGCAGUGAUAGCAGUCCAUCUCCAGUAUCGUCCCUCCCAUCUCCAGUAUCAGAUCCUCGGAAGGAGCCAAUGAACAUUUACAACUUGAUUGCUAUAAUUCGUGAUCAGAUCAAACAUCUGCAGGCUGCAGUAGACAGAACAACUGAAUUGUCCAGGCAGCGUGUUGCCACCCAAGAACUUGGGCCAGUAGUGGACAAAGACAAAGAAGCUCUCAUGGAGGAAAUUCUGAAGUUGAAGUCCCUGCUAAGUACCAAGAGAGAACAGAUAGCAACUCUGAGGACUGUGCUAAAGGCCAACAAGCAGACUGCAGAGGUAGCCCUUGCCAACUUAAAAAGCAAGUAUGAAAAUGAGAAAGCUAUGGUUACGGAGACCAUGAUGAAGCUACGUAAUGAGCUGAAGGCUUUAAAAGAAGAUGCUGCUACCUUCUCUUCUCUGAGAGCAAUGUUUGCUACAAGAUGUGACGAGUAUGUCACACAGCUGGAUGAAAUGCAACGCCAGCUUGCAGCAGCUGAAGAUGAGAAGAAGACUCUGAACUCUUUGCUUCGUAUGGCUAUCCAGCAAAAAUUGGCAUUGACCCAGCGCCUGGAGCAUCUAGAGCUUGACCAUGAGCAGUCCAAAAGGGUGCGCACAAAAUCUACUUCCAAAGCCAAGACCAGUAACCCUAGUGUAAGUCAUAUCCGGUCCUGUGGAGACAGGUCUGAGGGGUCUGUCCUUAACAACCAAGUGUUUUGCAGUGAGAAGUAUAAGAUAUAUUGUGACUAGAAGGCAUGUAGAAAAUCAUAUUAUGCAUCUAAUUUUUAUGCUGUAAUUAUCAGCGUAAAUCCCCACUAUCUAAUGUCGCAGUGAGUUGACUUGUACUAGUAUGUUAUUAAACCAUAUAAUACAAAUUGUAUUAUGGUGGUCUUAACUGUAACUAAUCUGUACGUAUGGGGAUGCUAUUAACAAGUUAAUAGUGGAAAGGAGUUUGCUGUUUCCACAAUUAACAUGUAUGGUCUUGCUGUUUAUGGGUAAGUGUUAAAAGUGUAUACCUGAUAUAUUAUAUCUGGUGUUACUAACUGUAGUUCAUAUAGCACAAACGUGAUGCUUUCCCCAGGGUUACAGCAUACUUCAACUAAUGCUUUCACAGACAAAAGCAACCUAAAACCACCUUCUCAACAUGGUUUAAGAAGUGGUGAAAUGCAAAACUUAAAAUUAGAUGUGUAACAUGAAAAUGCAGAACAUUUCACAACCAGAACCAAAAUUAGAUUUGCCUGCUGUAGCAGUUGUCAGAAAUGUACUGCCAUAUCACCACUGACCAAAGUCCUAAAGCUCUUAAAAGCUAUAACAAUUCUGGAGAAACCUGGAAGGGACACAUUGUUAAACUUCGGUUUUUUUCCUCCGCUUCCAUGAGUUAGCCUAAAGAAACUUGCACAUUUCUAUUCUAUUUAAAAUAUGCAAUAUUACCCCAUCUGGAAUAAAACUGAAAAAUUCAAAAUUAGUAUUCCUCACUGAUAGAGAGUCUCACUUUAAGAAGUUAUGCUGUGGAAAAGUAUCAUGUACUGAAAGGAUCUCCUAUGGUUACCUGUUGCUUCUUGCAGCAUAACGCUUUAGAAAGAAGCUGUUUUUACAUGUUGCUAUAUCCAUACAACAUAUCUGUAUAGAAUUAAUGUGACUGUUCUAGUAUUGUUGAGUCACAACAGUUCUUCUCAGCUCUCAGUAUUAAUAGGAUGGUGUUUCAGAGCUCUGACUUUUUCUUUUAAACAAAAAGAUGCAUUCCUUAUGCAAGCACACAUUUCGCAGGGCUCUACAUUAUAGGCACAGGAAAUUUAACUGGAUCAUCUUGCUAAUAAAUAUUUAUGAAGUAGGUUAGCAUAUGCAUCAGUCUUUGUAAAAGAAAAAAAAACUUUGUCUAUUGGACUCUUAAGGGGCCUUUUUAGCCACUUAAUUUCAAUGUAUUUGAUAACAUGAAAGUGUACUUUAUAAUUGGUGCCUAUAUAUGUGAUAAAGAUACCAGAUUGAAAAAUGUUGCUUUUAAAAUUGUGGAAAAAUUAUUGAGCACAAUAAGGCACAUUAAAAAGAAAAAAAUAGAGUUUUAAAAGUGCCUAGCCUCAAAUUUAUUUUAAUGUAAAGCCCUGUUCAUUUUGUACUUUUUCAAAUAAUUUUGUAUGCAUAUAGUAUUACUGAUAGUAAUGCAACAAUGCACAAUGUCUGCUUAGAGUAAAAAUGUUUCCUCAAGCCAUUCUAAUAUCCUUGUGUUAGUACUGCCUCAUCUCACUACCAUUUCUUAUAGAUGGUCAGCAGCUUGCUUCCUGUGUAUCGCCGCUCUGCCUAUAAGUAGUCAGGAGAUAUCACAAUAUUAAUGUAAGGUAAUAAGUAGCACAGCCUGCUUUCCCAUCAAAGGGUAACCAGAGAUUUUUAAAAAAUUGGUUAAAAUCUAAAAAAAAAAUAAAAAAUGGGAUUUUGACAAAAUCUGGUUAAAUCAGAGCAAUCAAUCUAGUUAUAAAAUGGAAAAAUGUUUGAAUAUGGCACAGUGAAAAUUGAUGUUAGAAUCCCAUUGCUGAUCUGUCUUUUAAAAAAAUGCAGCCAGAUGAGUUAAAAUUAAUCUGUUGUCUAAAUACCAACAUGUCAGAGGGUUUAAAAAGAAAAGAGUAAUAGUGGUCAUAAGAGCCACCCCUGUGCAUCAAUUAUUAUUUCCUUUUUAAGGCAACACUGUAUUCUCCUGAAUUCAAGCUUUAAUAGUGCUAUGUAGCAAGCUUGAUUAUUUUUACAAGCUAAACACCCUUUGACAAUUUUCAGCUCUGCUUUUUUCCUUUUUGUUGCACAAUCCUCCAAAAGGCCUUUAUUCUCAUUCUUGCAUUGUGGGUAAUUUAAAGAAUGCCUUAUAAAAGUAGGCAUUUAGACUACUAACUGAUAUUGCUCUAUUAGAAGCAGCUAUCCAUUUGCUUCCACUUUGGUAGGAAGCUGUUAAUACAAUUUGUACUGCUUCCCUAUCUCUAAUGGCAGUAUUGUCACAAGAUGCUAAUGGCAAAAAUGUAGAUUUAAGAAAUGAAAUGCAUUGAUAGGUUUUCAAGUUAACUGAAACUCUAUAGGAACAUUUCAUUGUUAAAGACAGUGACUAUUACUAUCAACAUUGGCCCAUAUUGUCAGGUGAAAAUACAAACAGUUUUGCUGUAAACACAAUGGGCUCAGUAAUCAUUUCCAUUUUUAUUUAUUUUUGUGUAUCUUAAGACACAAAGUACAAGAACCUUACUGCUGUUUAAGCUUGUCACGUGUAUGGUUUGGCUUGGAUUAAAACAUAGUAUAAAGAGAAGUGAGCAAUGAUACAUACAGGUUCCUGCUGUUCAUAUGUUCAGAUAUCUUUAUUUAAAAUUAUCGGGGCUCAUAGCUUUUUUUUUAAACACUCUCUUGAAAUUUACCUAUGCUGUAAGUCUUUUAUUUUACUUUCAAUGGCUUGGGAUUUAGCAUGGGAAACUUACUAAGCCAUCACCUACCUCUGCAAGCAGGCUCUUCUUUUGAAUGACUACUGUUCUCUGCAUUGGCCUGCAUGAUAUACUGACCUGCAUGUCUUUGGAGAACCUAAAGCUUCAUUGAUAAUGUCUCUCGCAUACUCACUGCUAUUAUCUUGUGCUUGAACAGCAUAAGCUUUAUUCAGUACUUGUAAGACGCCUUCUUCCUGCAAAGCUGUUGCUUCCGGGCAGUACUCAUUUAAAGUAUUGUUUCAUAAGCUUGGAAAGCACACAUGGGCUAAACUGGCUGCCUUUUCCUUAGGAAGUGAACAGAUACCCCUCAACUGACUAACCUGCUAUGGAGCUCUUGCAGCACGCUCUGUAUAAAGUUGUCAUUUCUUUUAUUGAUAAGUAAGUACUGUUUUUUUCUUCUAAUGUUGUUUUAUUUUCCAUUUUUCAGCUGUAGAGUAGUUCCUGGAGAAGGCCUUUCCAACAGUGCAACAGCAUUUCUUAGCCUGUCUGGUUAUGGUUAAAAGUGAUAGCCCGUUGCACAAAGAAUGGAAACCAUUGACCCGUUCCUAUUUUUUUUAACACCUUUAACACCUUUUUCCAAUAUUACUACCUGCAAUGUUCCUUUUGUCUCAAGUAAUAAAACAAACAAGCUUUACCUAUAAGUGCUGCUGCAGAAAGAAAAACUUACAAGUGCUGAAGAAACCUACUUCAAAUGUAAUGAUCACCAUAUUAGUUUAUGCUCCACUAGAAAUGUUCAGAUGGGGGAAAUUUCUUCUUUUGUUGCAGAUAUUCAGUUUUGUUUUUUUUUUUAUCUGAUUGUUAAACCUGUGCACUUUUGAUAUUUUGAUAUUUUACUUUAGCUUCUUUCAUUUCUUAUGUUAGAAGAAUUUAUAUAAAUGCUGUGGUUUGUGCUCAUAGUCUCUUUCCAAUUUGGGUUUGUGCUUGUUGAUUUCUACAUCAGCAUGUGGCAGAGAUUUGUACUAUUUUGUUUUGGUCUAGACUGUGUUUAGAAAAGAGUUUCAACACAAACAGGGAGCUCUGCUAAACUAUGUAUGUGCUGUGCUUCAGCAGCUUUUUAAUUAUAAAAUGUUAAGCUUUAUGUGUUUAAAUUACUGAUUUUUUUUUUUUAACUGCCAUGUUCAUUAAGAAAUCCAGGGUAUUCAAAUUCUGGGGUUUUUUUCAUAUUGUAUUAUUAUUCUUAGGAAUAGUUCAAUGUAACAAGAAGAAAACUUGACUUUGCUCUGGUUAAAACAGUAAUAGGCACUUGAAAAAUGUUAAAUGAGUAGUAUUACCUAUAAAUUCCAGAGUUUCUGGGUUUUAGGAAGUUGAAAUAUUAUUGAUUAACAGAAUUUUAUACAACUGUACCAGUUAAAUUCCAAAUUGGAAUUGUUUUGUUACUUUUUCAUUUUAUUGUGCCAAAUUUAUGGUACAUUUAGAAAAGAAAAAAUUCUAAAGUUGUCACUGAUAGGUAUUCUAUUUCAGCGCCUUUUUGUCAUUAAUUAUUGCCGGUAGUGCCUUUAAUAAUUUUAAGGGAGAAUUGUAGAAUAGCUUAGACUAUACAAGAAGAAAUGAACAGCUGUUUUGGAACCUAGUAAAGAUAUGGAGCAAUAAGUGCAAAGUGAACUCCCCUUUCGCACAUUUUUAAUGGGUAGUCUUAAUAUAGAGAUUAUAUAUACAAGAAAUUGUAAACAAUUCUGUUAGUCAGUGAUAUUUCACCAUGCAGAUCCAUGCAAAUUCAGGGGCACAGAAAACAAAAACUAAAAAACAAACCCGAAUACACUUUGGGAACUAAAUGGACUUGUAUCGAACAAAUGAGCAAGGUGUAUUAACACACCUGUGGUUGCAGUACAGAGGAUGUAUUGGGAAUAUUCAUGUUCUCUUAGCUUUGGAUGGUGGUGGAUGCAGUUAACCAUAGUAUUGUUUGCAAAUGUGAAAGACGAGACAUUAAUACUUUCUCUUGCAUGUUGUAUCUAAUCAUUGUAAUUUCAGGAAACAGAAACUGAAAAGUGCAUCAACAAGCUGUACCUCUUCGGUGCCGUUCGUUGAGGCAAGUGUGAAUGAUUAAAUUGGUACUUCGGGGGGGAGCUUCCCACCUCUCAAAAUAAGUACAAAUUGUAAUAAGUGUCAGUGGGGAAAAGAUUUCUGUUUGCUGGAAGAAGCAUUAUUAUUCCUAGAUGUGGGUACAUAUAUUUUCAUCUUCUGUUACAGUAUUGAUUCAUAAGAAAUAUUGUUACAUUAAAAUUACUACAUUUGUAUGUGGGUAUUUAUUUGAAAUGAUGUCAAAGUACUGUAUUAUGUUUUAUGUGCAUUACCUUUUAGUGGUGGAUUGGUCUCCAUUUAAUGUCAUAUGCAUGUACUCUUGCCAAGUAACCUUUACACGGAUCUGAAAAAGCGAAUGUCGUUACUUAAAAGACAAAUGUGGAAACUGAUUCUUAAAGUAUAACUAUGUGUUAAUUUGAUAACUUUAGGAGGCAUAGAGGGCAAAAUGUUACUUCCAAAUUAAUACAAAACGUGUGUGUAAUGUAGGAAAGCAAUCUGCCUGCAUAAAGGUAGUCACAUUGGCAGUUUCAAUAAAGGAAAAAAGGACAUGUG